UCAGUCUAUACCUUCAGGGCCUCAAUAUUCGCAACACACUGAUUCAACACUUUACGAUACCCACCAAAAUACAUUGCGCUUUGGCUUUGAAAAGUGUACACAAUUAGUGAUAUCACAAAACCGUGGCUUGAGGCCAAUUUAUAGAAGACCUCCGAGUGCAUAUAUGCAAAUGCAAUGUCUGAAAAAAAGAAGAGGUCGAUAAACCUUAAACACAACUUUACACUCCCGAACCAAUCAUCAAACAAAAGACACAAAACGAUAUUUAUAUCUCCCACCAAUCGCCAACCACCUCCCACAAACCCUAGCACAGUCAAGCCCAUCACCAGGCUUCACCCCACAAACCUCUUCCUAAGCUCAGCCAGCCAGCAGCCAAACGCUCAAAAUCAAAAAACCAUUCCUACAGUACUUAACCGCCUUUUGUUUUAUCCACAGUCCCAAGCCCAAGCCCCAAGAAGAAACCCCACCCUACGUACGAAAAAGAAAUCUCUCCCUAGCAGGACACCUAGUGCGCAAACCUGAAGUCUAGGCGCUUGCUCCCACGAUCCGUCGUCGUCUUGAUAUAAUGCGCGCGUUGCUGCACGAAAAUUAGCCUCAAGCACACCCAACACUUCUUGAC